AUGGCGGGAGUCCUGAGAAGCUGCAGUGGUGUGCGUCUGAGCGACUCGACAAUUUCCUUCCUCGUCGUCGCCAGCAGUGAUCUCUGCGAAAAAAUAUCCGAGUCCCUCCACUCCGUCGCCAAAGAGCGAAAAUGUCGGCUUGUGGUGCAUCAGUGUGAGUCAGUGUCGCAGGUCGUGAAAGCCAGGACGAAUUUGGCUGUUGAUUUCAUUGUUUUCGCUAUUGAUGGACAAGUGACGCAUUCCAUAUCAGAGGUGGAGUCCAAUAUCCACUGCAUUGAUGAGAACUACGUGCUGACUGGGGCGGCCUGUCUUGUGUAUUGCCACAACAGCUCGGGGACCUUUGGCAUGACCUACCACAAGGCCAAGGAACUCUCCAGGAAAUACUGCAUUCGUAAAUUUUUGAACACUGUUAUUCAGGACCCUGAGAAUUGCCUCCUGCUCGCCGAACGUCUCUUAACCCUCUCCGAAGAAGGCCUAGGUCUAAAAACCGGGUUUCCCCUCUGCACCGUCUGAAAAUCCCCG